AUGUUACUGUCAUGGUUGGUACUGCUGCUGCUGCUAUCGCAGGUGUGUUUGGCUCGAGCAGAACUGUGGCCCGUUCCGGUGAGCCCGGCCAGUGAGCAGUUGUUGGCGCGCGUCGUGGCCGAGAUGCUGCGCAGCUACUUUCACCAUCCGUAUCAACCGGUCUACCUGUACGCGGACCUCACGGACCACGGGCGGCGCGAUUUGCUUGACCAGAUUCUGCAGCUGAUCGGCCCGGAACUGAUGCUUGCCUGGGAUGUGCCACCGGUAUCGCCAUCGGUUCCCCGUCUGUUCAAUCUCGUGCUGCUCGAUAGCAUGUCGUUGGGACCGCUGUGCCGGGUGCUGGACGAGCGGAAUGAUCCAUCCGGUCGGUACGUAAUUGCGCUGACCCAGCGCUACCCGACGCAACGUCUCCUCGAGACGCUGUUGAUCCGGUUAUUUGGGGAGCUGUUCGAGCGGCGCAUCCUCAACGUGAACGUGCUGGUGCACGAGUGGACGACGGUUGCGGUCUAUACGUACUACCCAUUCGCACCGGGCCAGUGCCAACAACCUCGGACACGGCUCGUUGCCCGGUACGGGCCCCGCGAGCGUACCUGGCCACCGGGCACGAUGCGUACGCUGAAUCUGUUCCCGGGUCGGUUGUCGGAUCUGCACAACUGUACGCUUCGAGUCGGUACGUUCGAAGCAAAACCCUACACGAUGAUACGGCGCAAGGUGGACGGGUACGGGGAGCUGGGUGGUUUCGAGGGUGAACUGCUGCGAUUGCUGGGCCAGCGUUUACGAUUUCGCGUCAACCUUACCGAGUCGCAGCAUUGGGGCACGAUCGGGCCGAAGGGUAAUAGUACCGGUAUGAUGCGGUUGGUGCAGGAUGAGCUGGUUGAUCUGGCCAUCGCUUGCCUGGCAGUCGAUCCAACCCGCAACACCUACCUGCGACCCGGUACGGCCCACUACACCUCGACCAUCCGUAUGGCGGUACCGCAGGGCCGACCGUACAAUGCGUUCGAGAAGCUGUUCCGACCGUUUCGCACCGACUGCUGGAUCGCCAUCAGCUGCUGUCUACUGGCACUAGUCGGGCUUGUGGGCGGUUUCGUUAUGCUCGGUCAGCAGUCGGUCCGUGAUUUUGUGUAUGGAGCGGGCGUGCGAAUGCCACUGCUGCGUGCGCUCUAUCUCAUGUUCGGUGGCUCGGUGCAGCCUUGUCCGCGUCGUAAUUUUGCUCGUACGCUCUUUAUGUUUUGGCUCGUAAAGACGCUCGUGUUGCGCACGGUGUAUCAGGGCUCGCUCUACCGGUACUUGCAGCGGAGUGCAUACUAUCCACCGCUGGCGACACUGGAUGACGUGUACCGGUCGUCGCUUGACCUGCACAUGGUCGACAUCGCGAUGCGAUUCUUCGUUGAUCGACCGGAGCUGCGGGCCCGGGCCCACUUUAUACCGGCCGGACUGGAUACGCUCGGUAGGAUGGUGGCCGGUAUGGCCGAACGGUACCACGACCGGGCCGUCGUCUGCCCGAUCGAUAUGGUCGCGUACACCAAUCGCGUCAACAAGCUGGCGCAACGGCGCCACAUGGUGCAUGUGACACGCGAUUCGAUUACCAUGUUUCCGCUCACCAUCUACUACCCACAACGGUCGAUGCUAACCACGGCGUUCGACCGCGAGAUACGUAAGAUUGCCCCGACCGGUUUGAUGCAGUACUGGGUGCGCAGCUACGGAGACUAUGAUCUGUUCGGACCGGACACGGAUGAUGGCUCACAAUCGUCGACUGGUCGACCGCAGCAACUCACCAACGGCCAUCUGGCCGGUGCUUACCAGGUGUUGGUCGUUGCGCACACCUGGGCUGUGUUGCUGUUAGUGCUUGAGCUGGUAUCGCAGCAUCUGCGCUGGCUGCGGCAACUGUUCGACUUCUUCGAGUAA